AUGCCCGGCAAGUGGGGCGUGGAUUGUCCCAUUUCAUCAGCUUGUGUAGUGGGUUCUGCCAAUGGACUCGUUUUUCUGUUCAAUCAAAGGGAGACAUGUAUAUUGAAUCCCACCAUCAGAAAGUCUAAGAAAUUAUAUGUGAUGUGGGGUUCCUCUUUAGCUGCCAAAUGUGGUUUUGGAUAUGAUGAGUCACAUGAUGAUUACAAAGCUCAAUUUAUCAGUUGCUGUCGUAAUUCCUCCCAUCAUGUGGUCACCAUUCACAGUUUGAGGAGUGAUUCAUGGACGACAGUCCAUGAGCACUUUCAGGGCAUCUUUCUAAUUAAUCGUUUGGGUAAAUAUGUCAACGGGAAGCUUUAUUGGUCUUCAUCCACUGGUAUUAGCACUUACAUUGUGUCCAAAAUCAUUUCUUUUGACUUAGCAGACGAGACGUGGGGAAGUGUGGCACUUCCCUUUUGUGGACAAGACAAGUCUAAUUUCAAACUGGGAGUCAUGGGAAUAGAUCUUUCUCUGAUUUAUACUUGUCAUUCAGGUGCUACUACUACUGACGUAUGGAUUUUGAAGGAUUGCAGUUCCUGGACAAAACUGUUCACCAUCAAAUUUCCUCAACGUGCUGGGCCAUAUCUGUUUCCUUCACCCAUUUACACAUUCUCUAUGCAUUUUUGUGAGUCAAAUAAGGGUGACAUUUUAAUUUUAAAUUCCUCAUUUAUCAUGAUAAUAGACGGCUCAACCAGAAAACUAGAGCACAAUGCUGAUGUUGAGGUAGAAGAAAUCUAUUUAGAGAGCCUUGUUAGCCCUCUAACAAUAUCUGACCAAGGACGUCGUUAG